CCUCUUUUACGCAUCGCAUUUUCUAGGCCUUUGGAAUCCACCAGUUCCAAGGCCUCCAGCCCAUCACGGCUUCCUUAGCCUCGUGUGUUCUCCGUCAAAUUGUCUCUCCGCGACGUCUCCGCGAUACUCUUAACAACAUUCCCCCUCCUGCUACUGUCGAUUCCCGUGUCUUCGUCUGGUGCGCCAUUUUUUGACUACCACCUGACGCCCUCGAAAAUUAUUCCCUCACCUUUUGAGCUGCCGCAUAGGACUACUCUGAAGGUUCUUCCUCUGAAGGAGGAAGGGUCUAGGAGGCUUGGUCCAGUCAACUUCGGUUGCGAAACUUUUCGCCCUCCUUAACACGCAGUCGCGUACCUCGAUUUUUUCUAUUUAUAUUCUUCUUUCCCCCGAGUCCUAUCCCGUGCACCGUCGCAGCGCGCAUGGUUAUGGCACCGACUGCUUGUAUGCCUGCUGAAGUAUGCACCCUCAAGCUCUGUCAUUCGACAGACGAUUAUAAUCUCAAUUGGGAUCAUGGUCAAUUCAGCACUCAUGGAGGGGACGAUUUGUUGCAAUCCAGGUUGGCUGCCAAGAAACUGGUCUUGGACAUCCUGAAGAAGCGUGCAGCGGAAGUGAAUGUGGACUGCUGCGCGCCUGGAGAUGAAGAUGCGUUCUAUGUGGCAGACAUGGGCGAGAUCUACCGCCAGCACCUUCGCUGGAAAAUGAACUUGAGCCGCGUCCGGCCCUUCUACGCGGUCAAGUGUAACCCGGACCCGGAGAUCCUUCGCCUCAUGGCUAAACUCGGAAAUGGUUUUGACUGUGCGUCCAAGGCGGAGAUCGACAUGGCCCUCCAGACGGGCAUCGAUCCGAGCCGCAUCAUCUACGCCCAGCCCUGCAAGACCAAGUCUUACCUGCGCUAUGCUGCCCAGGUAGGCGUCAAGCAGAUGACCUUUGACAAUGCCGACGAGCUGUACAAGAUCAAGGCCUGCUACCCUAAUGCAGAGCUCUACUUGCGUAUCCUCACGGAUGAUUCGAACAGUUUGUGCCAAUUCAGCAUGAAAUUCGGAGCCUCCUUGGAUAUGGCUCGUCAGCUCCUCGAACUAGCUCACGAGCUCGAGUUGAAGGUCGUUGGCGUGAGUUUCCACGUCGGGUCCGGCGCUGAGGACCCCAAGGCUUUCCUGAAAGCCGUGCAGGACGCCCGCCUAGUGUUUGACCAAGCCGAAGAGAUUGGUCACGAGCUGCACACCUUGGAUGUUGGUGGAGGCUUCUCCCAUGAGACCUUCGAGAAAUUCUCGGGUGUCCUUAGCGAGGCUUUGGAUACAUACUUCCCGCCAAACGUCCGUGUUAUUGCGGAGCCUGGACGCUACUACGUUGCCAAUUCGUUCACUCUGGCGGCAAAUAUCAUCGCUCGUCGGGAAGUACGAGACCCGGAAGACCCGGUCAAUGACGCGUACAUGUUGUACCUCAAUGACGGAGUGUAUGGAAACUUUUCCAACAUCAUAUUCGACCACCAACAUCCUGUGGCCCAAGUCCUGUCCUGCGCGUCGUCCGCCAACUCCCCUUAUGCUGCGACUUCGGGGGGUAUCACGUACUCCAUCUGGGGCCCGACCUGUGAUGGCAUUGAUGUCAUCUCCAAGCGCACCUCCCUUCCGGCCCUGUUGGAGGUUGGCGACUGGCUUUACUUCGAGGAGAUGGGAGCCUACACCAAGUGUAGCGCUACUCGCUUCAACGGCUUCUCGGACAGCCACGAGGUGAUUUACAUUUCCAGCGAAGCCGGGGCUUCCGCCCUUCUCGAAUACUAAAUAUUGUUUUGUUUAUUUUGGUUUUGUUUUGGCACAUUCACGUACACCCAUCAAAAGCCAGCCCGCAUUUGCCCGCUGAAUUAAUCAUUGCUGUUUGCUGUCUCCGUUCCAUGUUUUCAUUAGAGUAGAACCCGGGGACGGAUUCAAGCAUGGACGUUCUAGACCUGCUCUGUAUUUAUUGGACUUGUUAUUUGCUGGUUGUCUAUAUUACUCCAUCAAUACUUUGCUUCUAUGUCAUACGUUAGCCUUCUCUAGAUGCCCGUCACCCUUGG